AUGGAUAAAUGGAUACCGCACGAACUAACCGAGACAAGGUGUGCUCGGUGGCUUGAUAGGGAUGAAGCUUGUCCUCAUACUCCAUGGCCAUCACUUCAUCCACGGAAAAUUUUAAUCACAGUUUGGUGGAAUGUGACUAGACACCCACCGUAUUCACUGUAUCUUUCGCCAACCGACUUUCAUUUAAAACUGUUUUUACGGGCUAAGAAGUACGAAAAGGAAGACAGACUGAAAAAUGCCAUUUCUGAGUUCACUGAUUCUAAAGAUCAGAAUUUCUUCAAGACAGGCAUAUAUACAUUAAAAUCACGUUGGGAAAAGUGUAUUGAUGUAAAUGGAGCAUAUUUUGAAUAA